CUUCUCUCUCACAGAGAAUUGAUUCUCACUCCUAAAUUCUUUCCCUCUCUUUUCCUUCCACAUCACGAGAGAAAAUCAAUUCUUGUUUCGGUUACCGCAUCACAUUCUCUGACUCAAACAAACCACCAAUUACAGAACAACAAAAAACUUUUAUUUUUAUUUUUUUUACUUUUUUAUUUAUUCAAUUUCCCAUCACCGUCUUAUUCAUCGUGGGUUCGUGGAGUGUGAAAAAUCUGCUAAAUUUCCGCGUAUUCUUGAAGCCCCACUUCCAAAAACCGUUCCUUUUCUCUUUAUACACUAACAAAACAAGAAAAAGUUUUCAUUUUUGUUCUUGUUUUUUACACUACAGAGCUUUCUUUGAUCUUGCAAUGGAAAAAGGUUCGAUUUUGAGAGUGUUGUUAAUGGUGGGGUUGUUGGGUUUGUAUGUGGAAGGGCUUGGUGUGAACUGGGGGACACAAGCAACUCACAAGUUGCCUCCGGAAACGGUUGUUCAGAUGUUGAAGGAUAAUGGGAUUCAGAAAGUUAAGCUUUUUGAUGCGGAUGAUACUACCAUGAGUGCUUUGGCUGGGAGUGGGAUUGAAGUGAUGGUUGCGAUUCCUAAUAACCAGCUUGCUGAGAUGAAUGAGUAUAAACGGGCUCAACAAUGGGUUAGGAAGAAUGUCACUCGGUAUAACUUCGAUGGUGGAGUUAAGAUCAAAUAUGUAGCAGUUGGGAACGAGCCAUUUUUGAAAUCCUACAACAAUUCAUUCUUGAAUAUCACACUACCUGCACUGCAGAACAUUCAAAAUGCCAUCAAUGAAGCCGGUCUUGGAAAUACUGUAAAGGCUACCGUGCCUUUAAAUGCCGACGUGUAUGAGUCUCCGGUGGACAAUCCUGUUCCAUCUGCAGGAGUAUUUAGGCCUGAUAUCAACGGUCUCAUGACUCAGAUGGUAGAAUUUCUCAACAAGAAUGCUGCACCAUUUACAGUCAACAUUUACCCCUUCUUAAGUCUUUACGGAAACGACGACUUCCCUUUCAACUAUGCCUUCUUUGACGGGGUAGACAAACCGAUAAACGAUAACGGAAUCUUAUACACCAACGUCUUCGACGCAAAUUUCGAUACAUUAGUUUCUGCUCUCAAAUCAGUCGGUUUUGGCGACACGCCGAUUUUGGUAGGAGAAGUAGGAUGGCCUACAGAAGGCGACAAGAGUGCCACUACCGGAAACGCAAUAAGAUUCUACAACGGCCUCCUCUCAAGGCUCGCAGCAAACAAAGGAACCCCUCGCCGUCCCGGAUUCAUUGAAGUCUAUCUCUUCGGACUCAUCGACGAAGACGCAAAGAGCAUCGCCCCAGGGAACUUCGAGAGACACUGGGGAAUAUUCCGAUACGACGGACAGCCGAAGUUUACAAUGGAUCUUUCAGGCCAAGGUCAAAACAAGCUUCUAGUCGGUGCACAAAACGUGAAGUAUCUCGAUCAAUCAUGGUGCGUGUUUAAUCCCGACGCCAAAGAUCUUAGCAAACUUAACGACAAUAUCAACUACGCUUGCACCUACGGAGAUUGCACUGCACUCGGAUAUGGAUCUUCUUGCAACAACCUUGAUGCCAAUGGAAAUGCUUCUUAUGCAUUCAACAUGUACUAUCAGGUGCAGAAUCAGGAUCGUCAAGGUUGCAAUUUUCAAGGGUUAGCUAAGAUUACUACAGAGAACAUUUCAACACCUACUUGCAAUUUCCUCAUUCAGAUUGUUCCUUCUUCAGCAUCAUCUUCUUCUAUGUCCUCAUUUGCUGUUUUGUUGUUUAUUGCUUUCUCUAUGAUUCUCUUGGCUUAGUAUUUUAUUGUACAUACAUUAUUAGAGAGAUGUUUUCUUCAUUUCAUGAAGAAAUAGUUUAGCUUAUUUAAGGUUUCAACAUUUAUUUGACAGGGUGAUAUUUUAGUUUA